AUGAUCCUGCUCCUUCCCCCAAAAAUAUGCAUCGUAAGCAAGAACUGUGAUCCGGGCCUACACUGUGAAUCGUGCCUCGCAAGCGAUAGUUGCCGAUAGCCACCUAGGUUCUCCGGAAUGCAACCCAUUAACCCAACCUCCAAGGUAAAAGGUUUGCCUUACAACAAAUACUCGUGGUUAAUAACAACACCCAAUUCAUUGGCUCGAAUAGGUGCAAAAUCAGGCACAUGCUCUAUGAUUCUUGCUCCUUCCAACCAACAAGAUUCAAUCACAAGGCAAUUCAUUCAACCGGCGGUUAACAUUUUAAAGGAGUUUCAAGUGUUUCUAGACAAGAACAAGGAUGUGGUUGUGACGAUUAUCCUCGAAGACUAUGUGAAAUCUUCUAAUGGUUUAACCAGAGUGUUUGAUGCAUCCGGGUUACGAAAUUUCAUGUUUGCGGUUAGAAGAAUGCCUAAGAACGAAUACCC